AAUGCAACGUAAUUUAAUCUAUAGUUUAAAAAAAUAUGAUAUGUAUUUUUUAUAUAUUUGUUAAUCUUUAAAAUAAAGUAAAUAUAAAGAAUAAAAUUUUAUUAUGCAUGAAUAUAAUGAAGAAGAACAAUUCAAUGAAGCUGAUGAAACUGAGACAAAAUUAAAAAUGUGUGAAGAACAAUCAUUAUUUCAUUGUGAACUAUCUAAAAAUAUUCAUAAAUUAUAUAUUUCAAAUAAUGAAAAAGAGGAUGAUGACAAUGAUAAUUUAGAUAAUGACGAUUUUAGUUGGAAUGAAGAUCUUGUUCAAAAUGGAACUGCUUCAAAAAAUAUUAUCAAAAAUAUUCAAACUCAAAAUAUUAAUGCACAAAAUAUAUCUGAUAAAAUUACUAAUUAUCAACCAUUAGAUAAAUUAUUUCGUCGUUAUGCUAAUAAAAUUAAUAUUGAAAAAUAUGAAGGUCCUAUUUUACCAGGACAUGCAGCAAAUCUUCUUAUUGAAAAUGAUAAGCGUGUGGAAAAAGAUAGGUUUAGAACAAAAGACAAACAUGAUCGUGCAACUGUUGAACAAGUUUUAGAUCCUCGUACAAGAAUGAUACUAUUUAAACUUUUAAAUCAGGGUAUAAUUGCAGAAAUUAAUGGCUGUAUUUCAACUGGAAAAGAAGCUAAUGUUUAUCAUGCAAUAUCAAAAACAGGAAUAGAAUUUGCAAUAAAAAUAUAUAAAACAUCAAUUUUACAUUUUAAGGAUAGAGAUAAAUAUGUCACUGGAGAAUUUCGUUUUCGUCAUGGAUAUUGUCGUCAUAAUCCACGAAAGAUGGUACGAACAUGGGCAGAAGAAUUUAGAAAUUUAAUACGUCUUCAACAAGGAGAUGUAAAUGCUCCAAAACCAAUUUUACUACGUAGUCAUGUACUAUUAAUGGAUUUCAUAGGUACUAAUGGUUGGCCAUCAUCAAAAUUAAAAGAUGUUGUUUUAACUGCUUCUAAACUAAGAAAAUUAUAUAGAGAAUGUAUUGAAAUAAUGUGGAAACUAUAUAAUAAAUGUAAACUUGUUCAUGCUGAUUUAAGUGAAUAUAAUAUGUUAUAUCAUGAUGGAUCUAUUAUAAUAAUAGAUGUAUCACAAGCAGUUGAACAUGAUCAUCCUAUGGCACUUGAAUUUCUUAGAAAAGAUUGUACAAAUAUAACUGAAUUUUUUAAGAAAAAUGAAGUAGCUGUGAUGACUGUGAAGACAUUAUUUAAUUUUAUAACAGAUCCAACAAUAACUGAAGAGAAUAUGGAUAAGUGUUUAGAUAUAAUAUCAGAACAAAUAACACAGCAAAGUGAUCAAUGUAUUGAUCCUGAACAACAAAUAGAAGAACAAGUAUUUAAACAAAUUUAUAUUCCACAAAAUUUAAGUCAGGUGAUUGAUAUUGAGCGUGAUAUUAAACUUGCAAAAACUGGAAAAGGAGAUUUGAUAUAUAAAACUCUUGUUGGUUUAAAGUCAGAUUUAUCUGAACCUAUUGAUACUCCUGAAAUUCUUAAUGAAAGAUCUAAAAAAUUAAAUAAUAUAGAAGAAAAAGAUAAUUUAUCUGAAAAAAGUAGUAAUUCUGAAGAUAGUGAAAAAAAUAUACAAAAUGAAUCAAAGUUUGUUAAUUCAGCUCGACCUCGAUAUGAAAGUCCAGAUAGUAAAAAGGCACGAAAAAAAGCAGUAAAAGAACAACAGGCUGAAAAAAGAAAAACUAAAAUAAAAAAGCAUAUUAAAAAAAGAAAAGAAAAAGUAUUAAAAAAGAAAUAAUUUAAAUAUUAUUAG